AUGAACAACAAGGUGCAGCUGUUACCAAGAAGCAAAGGAAAUGCAUCUACAACCACAACUGUGAUAGACAACAAAAAUGGAUCUGUGCCCAAGUCCCCUGGAAAGGUACUGAAGAGGACUGUCACUGAAGACAUCGUCACAACCUUCAGCUCCCCUGCAGCCUGGCUCCUGGUCAUCGCUCUGAUAAUCACAUGGUCAGCUGUUGCUAUUGUUAUGUUUGACUUAGUGGAUUACAAAAACUUUUCAGCAAGCUCCAUUGCCAAGAUUGGCUCAGAUCCUCUAAAAUUCGUAAAUGAUGCUGUGGAGGAAACAAGUGACUGGAUCUAUGGCUUCUUUUCUUUGCUGUCAGACAUCAUCUCAUCUGAAGGUGAUGAAGAAGAUGAGGAUGCAGAUGAGGACAUCGAUAAAGGAGAAAUAGAAGAACCUCCUUUGAAAAGAAAAGAAAUACACAAGGAAAAGGCUGAAAAGCAGGAGAAACCUGAGAAGAAAAUACAAACUAAAGUUUCACACAGAGAAAAGGAAAAGGGAAAAGAAAAAAUAAAAGAUGGAGAAAAACCUGAGAAGAAAGCAACUCAAAAGGAGAAACUUGAGAAAAAAGAAAAAGCAGAGCCAAAGACAAAAGAAGACAAGAAAGUAAAGACUAAAGAAAAGACUGAAGAAAAGAUUAAGAAGGAAAUGAAAGUUGGGAAACAGGAGAAAGGGAAGCCAGCAGCUGCAAAAGUAAAAGAAACUCAGAAAACCACACCAAAAGCCAGGGAGAAGGAUGACAAAGAGCCUACAGCUGUGCCUGAGCAUGAACAGAAAGAUCAGUAUGCAUUCUGUCGAUAUAUGAUUGACAUGUUUGUCCAUGGGGAUUUAAAACCAGGUAUUCCAAACAAUUCUUAUUGUUGUCUGUUUUAA